CUGACGUGUUGGGAGCUAAGCAAGGCCUGAAUAAAAGGGAAGGACAGAACAACUUUAUUAGGACAGUGUUGAGAAACAGGACGAUUAGCCUUCCAGCAAACAUGGUAGGCCACUUUGGUGAAUUGGCGAGGAUCAGGCAUGUGAUCACAUACAGUCUGUCGCCCUUCGAGCAGAGGGCUUUCCCCAACUACUUCUCCAAGGGAAUCCCAAAUGUGUGGAGACGGUUCAGGGCGUCUGUCUUCAAAGUUGCCCCCCCAAUGAUAGCCCUGUACCUGACAUACACAUGGGGCAACAGCUCCCAUGAGGCCAGCAAGAGGAAGGUCCACGCAGACUUUGAGAAUGACGAAUAAACUAAUUCAAACCUUUCUGAAAGCUGCCCUAUGUUAUUAAUUCUAACUCUGUACGUUUGACCAAUAAAGGUGACAAAUAUUUAUGUGAAA